CAUUGGUUGGACCGGCCGGCGGGGCGGGGCGAGAGCGCUUACAAAUAGGGGCGAUGCGGCGGGCGCCGCGCUCAGUCCGCCGCGGCCGUGCCCGGUUCCCGUCGCUCCUGCGCUCCCCUCGCCGCCGCUCGUCGCCCUCCGCCACCACCAUGAACGGACAGCUGAACGGUUUCCAUGAGGUGUUCAUCGAGGAGGGCACCUUCCUCUUCACCUCCGAGUCCGUGGGCGAGGGGCACCCAGAUAAAAUCUGUGACCAGAUCAGUGACGCCGUCCUGGAUGCCCACCUCAAGCAGGACCCCGAUGCCAAGGUGGCCUGUGAGACGGUGGCCAAGACCGGGAUGAUCCUGCUGGCGGGGGAGAUCACCUCCCGGGCCAAUGUGGACUACCAGAAGGUGGUCCGGGACACCAUCCGGCACAUCGGCUACGACGACUCCUCCAAAGGCUUUGACUACAAGACGUGCAAUGUGCUGGUGGCCCUGGAGCAGCAGUCGCCUGACAUCGCCCAGGGAGUGCACCUGGACCGCAGUGAGGAGGACAUUGGUGCUGGGGACCAGGGGCUGAUGUUCGGCUACGCCACGGACGAGACGGAGGAGUGCAUGCCCCUGACCAUCGUGCUGGCACACAAGCUCAACGCCAAACUGGCCGAGCUGCGCCGCAGCGGAGCCCUGCCCUGGCUGCGCCCUGACUCCAAGACACAGGUGACGGUGCAGUACAUGCAGGACCGCGGGGCUGUGAUCCCCAUCCGGGUGCACACCAUCGUGAUCUCGGUGCAGCACGACGAGGACGUGUGCCUGGACGAGAUGCGCGACGCGCUCAAGGAGAAGGUCAUCAAGGCCGUGGUGCCCCCCAAGUACCUGGAUGACGACACCAUCUACCACCUGCAGCCCAGCGGGCGCUUCGUCAUCGGCGGGCCCCAGGGCGACGCGGGGCUGACGGGCCGUAAGAUCAUCGUGGACACGUACGGGGGCUGGGGGGCCCACGGCGGCGGCGCCUUCUCGGGCAAGGACUACACCAAGGUGGAUCGCUCGGCCGCCUACGCCGCACGCUGGGUGGCCAAGUCCCUGGUGAAGGCCGGGCUGUGCCGCAGGGUGCUGGUCCAGGUCUCAUACGCCAUCGGGGUCUCGCACCCCUUGUCCAUCUCCAUCUUCCACUACGGCACCUCCCAGAAGAGCGAGCGGGAGCUGCUGGAGAUCGUCAAGAAGAACUUUGACCUGCGGCCCGGGGUCAUCGUCAGGGAUCUGGAUCUGAAGAAGCCCCUCUAUCAGAGGACUGCAGCCUAUGGCCACUUUGGUAGGGACAGUUUCCCUUGGGAAGUGCCCAAAAAACUAAAAUACUGAG